AGGAGCAAGCGACUAUAUUCAAAAGUGAACAUGGGGAUCAAAGAGAAUGUGGAGGAUGGUGUGGAGAAAGGAACCAGAGAGCCAUUGAUGGAGGAACAAAACAACCAGCUGGUCCAUGCAAGCAAAGGGCAUCCAUGGAUGGUUUACUUCACUACAUUUGUUGCAGUCUGUGGUUCUUAUGAAUUUGGGGCUUGUGUUGGCUAUUCAUCUCCCACACAAGAUGCUAUCAGGAAGGAUCUCAGUCUGUCUCUGGCAGAGUACUCCUUGUUUGGCUCCAUCUUGACUUUUGGUGCGAUGAUUGGAGCAAUAACAAGUGGUCCUAUUGCUGAUAGUUUUGGACGAAAAGGGGCAAUGAGAGUAUCAAGUGCUUUCUGUGUGGCAGGGUGGCUUGUUAUUUACUUUUCUGAGGGCCCUGUGCCUUUGGACAUUGGGAGGCUAGCAACAGGAUAUGGAAUGGGAGUUUUUUCAUAUGUGGUUCCUGUCUUCGUAGCAGAAAUUGCACCAAAAGAUCUCAGAGGGACACUGACUACCUUAAAUCAGUUGAUGAUCGUUGCUGCAGUGUCUGUGUCAUUCGUAAUUGGAACAGUACUUUCAUGGAGGGCUUUAGCUUUAACUGGCCUCAUUCCCACUGCUGUAUUGCUUUUGGGUUUGUUUUUCAUUCCUGAAUCUCCUAGAUGGCUGGCAAAGAGAGGACGUGCGAAAGAUUUUGUGGCAGCACUGCAGAUACUUCGCGGUAAAGAUGCUGAUAUAUCUCAAGAGGCAGAUGAAAUUCAGGAUUAUAUAACUACAUUAGAACGGCUCCCAAAAUCCAAGCUGCUGGAAUUGUUUCAAAGAAGAUAUCUGCGCUCGGUCACUAUUGGAGUAGGGCUUAUGGUCUGCCAGCAACUUGGGGGAAUCAACGGAGUUUGCUUUUAUGCCAGCAGUAUUUUUGAGCUAGCAGGAUUUUCUUCCACCACCGGGACUAUAAUAUAUGCUUGCCUUCAGGUUGUGAUCACAGGACUUGGAGCUGUCUUCAUAGAUAAAGCUGGUAGGAAGCCUCUACUACUGCUCGCUGGAUCGGGAUUGGUGGCGGGUUGUAUAUUAACAGCAGUUGCAUUCUAUCUUAAGGUUCACGAGGUGGCUUUGGGGGCAGUCCCAGCACUUGCUUUAACAGGCAUACUGGUGUACAUAGGAUCAUUUUCAAUAGGAAUGGGAGCAGUUCCAUGGGUUGUGAUGUCCGAGAUAUUUCCUGUCAAUAUUAAAGGGCUUGCAGGAAGCGUAGCUACAUUAGUGAACUGGUUUGGUGCAUGGUUGUGUUCCUACACUUUCAACUUUCUCAUGAACUGGAGCACCUAUGGUACCUUCAUUCUUUAUGCUGCAAUCAAUGCACUAGCUAUCUUAUUUAUAGUUGUGGUGGUGCCAGAAACCAAGGGGAAAAGCCUGGAACAAAUACAAGCAGCCAUUAACGCGUAGCAAGCAGGAGUUUUGCAAUUUGCAGUGUAUGGUAGGAUAAACAUAACAAAACAAAACAAAAACAAAGACAGAUUGAUGAUUG